UUUUUUUUCAGGAGGCGUGCUGGCUCCUGGCUGAUCACGUUUCAGUUGUAGAUCCGUUUCUUUCUGCAGACCCAAACGGCUUCAGCAGUGCUGAAAUGAGGCAGAAAGUUUGUGCUGCCUCUUUCCCAGCCGGACCACGUCCAAACAAAGCAGGUACCCAUUAUACCAUUUCUUUGGUGAAGGCUGUUCAGCAGUGGUGACAUCUUCCAAUCGACCACUCUGCAAAUUAUUAUCUCUGGACUCCCAGCUGACACUCUCCCGGAGGCUAGAGCUACUGAGACAACUGGAAUUGUGCCUGCUUUGGUCAAGGUUUUUUCUCUCACCGAGGAAAAAAAAAAAAAAAAAAAAAAGAUGAAGUUGGGCAAAGUGGAGUUUUGCCAUUUUCUUCAGAUACUAGCUCUUUUCCUGUGUCUUUCUGGGAUGAAUCAAGCAGAGCUCACAAGGUCCAGGUCAAAGCCCUAUUUUCAAUCAGGGAGGACGAGAACCAAACGCAGUUGGGUGUGGAAUCAAUUUUUUGUGCUGGAAGAAUACAUGGGUACAGACCCACUCUAUGUAGGAAAGCUUCACUCUGAUGUUGAUAAAGGAGAUGGUUCCAUCAAAUACAUCUUGUCAGGCGAAGGGGCAAGUUCCAUUUUCAUUAUUGAUGAGAACACGGGGGAUAUUCAUGCUACAAAGAGGCUGGAUCGAGAAGAGCAGGCCUACUACACGCUCCGAGCACAAGCACUAGAUAGGCUGACUAAUAAACCCGUGGAGCCAGAGUCUGAGUUCGUCAUUAAGAUUCAGGACAUCAAUGACAAUGAGCCAAAAUUUCUGGAUGGUCCCUACACUGCUGGAGUUCCUGAGAUGUCUCCUGUGGGUACCUCUGUGGUUCAAGUGACAGCCACUGAUGCAGAUGAUCCUACUUAUGGCAACAGUGCUCGAGUGGUCUACAGCAUAUUGCAAGGACAGCCUUACUUCUCUGUGGAGCCAAAAACAGGUGUUAUCAAGACUGCCCUUCCGAAUAUGGACAGAGAAGCCAAGGACCAGUACCUCUUAGUUAUCCAAGCAAAGGACAUGGUUGGGCAGAAUGGGGGAUUGUCAGGGACUACAUCUGUAACUGUCACCCUGACUGAUGUUAAUGACAACCCACCCCGCUUUCCACGCAGAUCAUAUCAGUAUAAUGUCCCAGAGUCUUUGCCAGUAGCUUCUGUGGUGGCCAGAAUAAAAGCUGCAGAUGCAGAUGUUGGACCUAAUGCUGAAAUGGAGUACAAGAUUGUGGAUGGUGAUGGUUUGGGAGUAUUCAAAAUUUCUGUUGACAAAGACACCCAGGAGGGAAUCAUAACUAUUCAGAAGUUGAACUAUAGCGCCUCAUCCAGUCAUUUCUUGAAUGCUUCCAGGGAUGAUGAUCCCCUGGGAAGUCUAUCACUGGGGCCCUUCAGUGAUAUGACAACAGUGAAGAUAAUCGUAGAAGAUGUUGAUGAACCGCCUGUGUUUACUUCACGUCUGUACUCCAUGGUGGUGUCUGAAGCAGCAAAGGUUGGCACCAUCAUCGGAACUGUAGCGGCCCAUGAUCCAGAUGCCUCAAAUAGUCCUGUCAGGUAUUCGAUAGAUCGAAACACAGACCUGGAGAGGUAUUUCAAUAUUGAUGCCAACAGUGGAGUCAUUACAACUGCCAAAUCUUUGGACAGGGAAACUAAUGCUGUUCAUAAUAUCACAGUUUUGGCCAUGGAAAGUCAGAAUCCAGCACAGAUUGGGAGAGGCUAUGUAGCCAUCACAAUCCUUGACAUCAAUGACAAUGCCCCUGAGUUUGCCAUGGAGUAUGAGACAACAGUCUGUGAAAAUGCUCAGCCUGGUCAGGUGAUCCAAAAAAUUAGUGCAAUUGAUAAGGAUGACCCACCAAAUGGCCAUCAGUUCUACUUCAGUUUAACAGCAGAGGCAGCAAAUAACCACAAUUUUACAUUGCAAGACAACAAAGAUAAUACUGCGACAGUAUUAACCAAAAGAAAUGGGUUUCGAAGACAGGAACAGUCUGUUUUCUACCUGCCAAUAUUCAUAGUGGACAGUGGAUCACCCUCCCUUAGUAGCACUAAUACUCUCACCAUCAGGGUCUGUGACUGUGAUGCAGAUGGCAUUGCUCAGACGUGCAAUGCAGAAGCUUACAUCUUGCCUGCAGGACUUAGCACUGGAGCCCUGAUAGCAAUAUUGGCUUGUGUCUUGACACUGCUAGUUCUUGUCUUGCUGAUUGUCACCAUGAGGCGACGGAAAAAAGAGCCCCUCAUUUUUGAUGAAGAGAGAGAUAUCAGAGAAAACAUUGUCAGGUACGACGACGAGGGUGGUGGAGAAGAAGACACAGAGGCUUUUGACAUGGCUGCCUUGAGGAACCUCAACAUCAUGCGGGACACCAAGACCAGAAGGGACGUGACACCUGAGAUUCAGUUCUUGAGCAGACCAACUUUUAAAAGUAUCCCAGAUAAUGUCAUUUUUAGGGAAUUUAUCUGGGAAAGACUAAAAGAAGCUGACGUGGACCCCUGCGCGCCACCCUACGACUCCCUGCAGACGUAUGCAUUUGAGGGGAACGGCUCGGUGGCAGAGUCACUCAGUUCUUUAGAUUCCAUCAGCUCAAACUCUGACCAGAACUACGAUUACCUCAGUGACUGGGGCCCUCGUUUUAAAAGGCUUGCAGAUAUGUAUGGGACUGGACCAGACUGCUUAUACUCCUAGCCUUGGAACCUUUCUCUGAAAAUGCACUGAAGAAUAUUAAAACAGAAAACUCAACCUGACAGACUGAGGAAAGUUGUAAAUAUUUCUCCAUUUUUAAAAUUUUAGGUUUUUUCCUUUUUUUUUUUUUUCUUCUUCUUUCCUUGGUGGAACAUAUCUUCAUUAGACCUGUCCUAGGGACUGCACUGACCACACAGAAUAUGAGCGUUUGGUGGCAUUUUUGAUAAAAUGAAAUGCUCUGCCACGUUCAAAUAGAUAGCAACCCUCAAAUACCUGCAGAGGCAACUCACUUUCAAGAGUGUGUUACACAGUCACCUCAGUGAGCUGGUGAUACUCUGUAGAUGCCUUCACAGUAUUGCUAUAUUGAGAAUGCAGAGUCUCUGUUUUAAGAAGAAAGAAAUUUUAAAAUAUAUAACUAAAUACAAUAUCAAUAAAAAUAAUACAGUUCAUGGUAUUUGCACAGGCAAGGGUUUUUUAGCAAAUGUUCUUUACUCUGUGCAUACAGCUUACCAGAACAAAAGCAGAAGAACUGAUGAAAACAAAGAAAAGCCCAGGAAAUAUAUUUUUUGUGUUUCUCCCUGCUUGUUUUCAGAGCUAUUUAAUUAGAAAUCUCUUUAAUUUUCUGAGUAGUUUUUGAGAAAAUAUUGUUAUUACUAAGAAAUUCCACAGUGUGUCAUCAACUUACGAAGUAGACGAAAAUCGACAUAAAAUGAUAAAUAUGGACAUGUAAUCUUAUGGCUGGGAAGUUUUGUGAUGCCCAUGUAGGUAUAAAAAAGGUGUUGCUAUCUAUUUGCUAUUUUUUAUUCUCUCUUCUGAUUUGUACAGGAGAAUUUAUCCUUUUUUAUUAUUGUUUGACAUAAAGUGUUGUAUUUAUUUUGGAACUCCAAUCUCCACUAAAUUCAGGUCCAUUUUACUGCCUCAUGGUUUUAGACUUGUCAGAACAUGCUGAUUUUUCUCCAAUCUCAGAUAAAUGUAGGAAAUGAAGCAUGGAAGUGGAGAAAUUACAGUAAACAAUGCCACCCACCAUUCACCCACAGAAAGGAGAGCAGCUCCAAGGAUGUGCAGUUGUUCUUCUGAGCCAUUACAAAGUCUGAGACAUUUAAAGAGAAUAUUUGUACAUUCAAUUUUUUGAAAGAAGACUGCAGAGGUAGCUGGGAGUGUCUUUAAUGCAAGAUUUAAUUUUCAAGGUUAAACAUGCUGUAGACUUCAAAGACUGUAAACACCUUGCUUUUCUCCUUCCCCUUCUCUUUUGCUGCUGAUGAAUCACAGUAAAAGAUUUUUCUAUUUCUUUCUUAUGUUAAGCAAUGUAAUACUAUUAACUUCAGCAGUCAUCUUUAGAUCCUGCUGCACAUAAGUAUUAUUUCCCCAAGGUGUUAACUCACUACACAUAAUUUCUAUGCUCGUUCAGGAGUGCCAAAACAGAAGGAAAACUAUAGUUGGUUAAUAUACUGUAUGAUUUUGAAGUAGGAUUUCUUAGAAUAAGACAACUUUUUUAUGAUUCUGACAAUAUUUAUACUUCAUCUUUCAUGAUUUAUUACUACAUAAUAAGGCAUAUAUUCAAGUAAAAUAGUGGGUUUAGGUAUUCUUUCAGAUUUUUUUUUUUUGUUUUAGAUACAAUGUAGAUGAGUUCCUAAAUUAGAGUCUGUUCCUGCAAAUUUUUUGCUUGUACCUAACUUGAAAUGACUUGACCUGCCUACAAUUACUGAAAGGUACACAGAAUUGUUUACAGAACUGUAUUUGUGAACAGAAGGUGCUCCACAGAGGAUGAUGCUCACUCUAAAAGUACUUCUUUCUGAGAGAAGGAUUCUUGUACUGAAAUUCUAAUGUAUGAGUGAUGUGAGGCUGGGGGAUGGGAAAUUAUCAUUAAGGCUUUGUAAUUUUUGCAGCCCAGCAUUAUAAAUUAACUAUGUGAAAGUGGCCUUCAGCUCCAACAGAAAAGAAAAAUAAUUUUAAUCAUCUACAACAUAAUUUGAGUUACAUUUUAAUAGACAAUCAUUGUUUCAUAAUUCAGUAGAUUUGCUUCUAGUUGUAUGAAAUAUAUAUAUAUAGGCAUAUAUAUAUAUAUGACAGAUUUUGUAAUGGAACUGAAAGAUAUCGUCCAUGACUUUUAGUCAUACAUGUAAGAUUUUCAAUAAAAAUAUUAAAAAAUA